AUGGGCUGCUGUGGUUGUGGAAGUUGUGGUGGCUGCGGUGGUGGCUGCGGUGGUGGCUGCAGCAAUGGCUGCGGCAGUGGCUGCGGCGGUGGCUGUGGUGGUAGCUGCAGCAGCUGCAACAGCUGCAGGUGCUACCGGGUGGGCUGCUGCAGCAGCUGCUGCCCCUGCUGCUGCGGCUGCUGUGGGGGCUGCUGCAGCGUCCCCGUGGUCUGCUGCCACCGCCGCACCUGCAGCUGCCACUCAUGUGGCUGCGGUGGUGGGAAGGGCUGUUGCCAGCAGAAGAGCUGCUGUUGCCAGCAGAAGAGCUGCUGCUGCCAGCAGAAGUGCAGCUGUCAGAAGCAAUGCUGCCACUAG